CGCCGCUUCGUGGCAACAGCACGUCCGGGAGCCGGUCUGCUUCUGUCUGCGCACCCUUGGCAUUCUAGAAGAAGAUUGCAUCUCGCCCUGCACCUGAUGGCUGUUCAUUGACAAAUAAUUGGGCCGGAAACGCGAAGGAGGUGUUUUUUUUUAAUUUAUUUAUUUUUUUUUUCCCGCCCAUCUGUCAGGUGUCCACAUUUUUUUUUUUUUUUGUCCCCCACCGCCUGCCUCUUAUGGGAAUCAAGCACUCGUCCCGUUGCAUGCUCCUCAGGAGAAAAAUGGCGGAUUCUGAGAGCAAUGAGCUGCCACAGCCGCAGCCGGUCCGCAUCAUUCCAUCGCGGUCGGCUCAGCCCGCCUCCUUGCCAAAGCCUGUGCCUUCCAUCCAGCAGCCGACACCAAGACCUGUUCUACCGCCACACACGCCACACGCCGCCAGCCUUCCCAACUGCUCUGGAUGGGGCAAGAUGGCCAAGCUAUGUAACCCCGAGGAGAUGACCUCAAAGGACUACUACUUCGACUCCUACGCCCACUUUGGCAUCCACGAGGAGAUGCUAAAGGACGAAGUGAGGACCCUGACCUACCGCAACUCCAUGUACCACAACAAGCACAUGUUCAAGGACAAAAUAGUUCUUGAUGUGGGAAGCGGCACUGGGAUAUUAUCCAUGUUUGCAGCCAAAGCAGGAGCGAAGCAUGUGUUUGGGAUUGAAUGUUCCAGCAUAUCAGAAUACUCGGAAAGAAUCAUCAAGUCCAACCACCUCGAGAGCGUGAUCACCAUCAUCAACGGAAAGGUGGAGGAAGUGGAGCUUCCUGUGGAGAAGGUUGAUAUCAUUAUAUCAGAGUGGAUGGGCUACUGUCUCUUCUACGAAUCCAUGCUGAACACGGUCAUCUUCGCCAGGGACAAGUGGCUGAAACCAGGUGGAUUAAUGUUUCCUGAUCGAGCCUCUUUGUACGUUUUGGCCAUCGAGGACAGGCAGUAUAAAGACUUCAAAAUACACUGGUGGGAGAACGUGUAUGGCUUCGACAUGACUUGUAUUCGCAAUGUGGCAAUCAAGGAGCCGCUGGUUGACGUGGUGGACCAGAAACAGGUGGUGACCAACUCCUGCCUGGUCAAAGAAGUGGACAUCUACACGGUGAAGACUGAGGAUCUUUCUUUCACGUCAGCAUUCUGUCUGCAGAUCCAGAGAAACGACUACAUUCAUGCACUGGUCACCUACUUCAACAUAGAGUUCACCAAAUGUCACAAAAAAACGGGUUUCUCCACUGCUCCUGAUGCUGCAUACACCCACUGGAAGCAGACGGUCUUCUACCUGGAGGACUAUCUGACCGUGCGAAGAGGAGAGGAAAUCACUGGCAGCAUUGCAAUGAAGCCUAACGACAAAAAUGUUAGGGACUUGGACUUCACCUUUGAGCUGGAUUUCAAAGGACAACUGUGCGAGGCAGCUAUAGCCCACGACUACAAGAUGCGCUAGAUUUUGCGGGAAGGGAAUGGGAUUCCUCUGGAGAAGAGGAACCCUUACAGACCACACCAAGAAAACAGACUCCAAAUGACACGGAAGGUUGAAAAGCUAAUCUGAAGUGGCCUCUCUGACAUCUCGCUGUAAGACAGGAAGCCAUUGGUGCAGACUGUUAAACAACCCUGAAUGUAACACUGAAAUAGAAAAACAUUUCCAACUUGCUGAAAGUUAGUGAUUCUUGCUGUAGGUGUAAGUGAAAUGGAGUGACGUACCUGUGUUUUUUGUUCAGUUCAUAAUUAUAUGGCCCUCAUAUUGUUCGUCUUUUAGUAAUACUGUUGGUGAAAUGUUGGUUCUACGGAUAGCGAGUUGUGUCAAUUUAUGCUCAGUGAUGUUUGAAUUUGCGUCUGAGCACCACAGCCAAGGACAUACUUGUUGCAGGUACUGUACUGUAUGUACAGCAGGUCUACUCAUGUGUGCGUUACGUGAAAGGUAAUUUGUUGUAAAUAGUUGCGCUGAUUCUGUGUGUGAUGAAUGGUGUUAAAGGCAGAUCUCCAUAGUAGUGUGCUCUUCAGUAUGUUAUCCGUUUGAGCCGGUGGUGUUUGACCUGCCUUUAAAAUUGGUACACGUGUGUAAUCUGACGAGAUCUAAUACAAGAACUUUAUUAAAAACUUAAACCUUCUAAACCGCUGGGAACAACUAGGGCUGUCCUCGGCCAUUGGUUUUCAUAGUCCAAUAUGAUUUGUUAGCUCAGUCGAUUAUGGGCAAAACAUUUGUGUUUGUAUGUUAGCAAAGAACAAAGCCAAUGGGGAUCCCUACAAAUAAAAUCUCAUUAGCGACUUGUUCCACCUCAACAAGGCUGAAACGGCAGAAGUUGGAUAGUUUGGGGUCGGCUUCGGCACACCCACUGUACCUAAGAGGCCUCGGGUACUCAACUCACCUCCUGUCAGAAUCCAAAUCAAAUUGUCGUUUAUUCCUAGAAAGACAACCAUAGAAACUACAAUAUUAAUAAUAACCUAAGUACCAUACAUCCCUGCAAAUUCGCAAUUCAGCAUUAUUUUUCAUUUACACUGUAGUCAGAAUAGGCACUUUUCUUUCCCCCGCAGAAAACACAUUUAGAUCAUCUUAAUAUUGCUACAAAAUUUAAGGAGAAUGUCAAAUUAGCAAAAAGGUUUGGAGGAAGAGGAUUGAGCCGUGUGUCAAAAAUAUGAUUUUGUAUAAGCAAACUGAUUUCUGGCUGAGUUUCGCUUUUAAUGGCUGGCCACUGAACAUAACCCUGCGAUUGGCUGGGAUAUACCGUUGUUAUAUUUAGACAUCCAUCCAUCCAUUUUCUACCGCUUAUUCCCUUUUGGGGUCGCUGGCGCCUAUCUCAGCUACAAUCAGGCGGAAGGUGAGAUACACCCUGGACAAGUCGCCACCUCAUUGCAGGGCCAACACAGAUAGACAGACAACAUUCACACACUAGGGCCAAUUUAGUGUUGCCAAUCAACCUAUCCCCAGGUGCAUGUCUUUGGAGGUGGGAGGAAGCCGGAGUACCCGGAGGGAACCCACGCAGUCACGGGGAGAACAUGCAAACUCCACACAGAAAGAUCCCGAGCCUGGAUUUGAACCCAGGACUGCAGGACCUUCGUAUUGUGAGGCAGACGCACUAACCCCUCUGCCACCGUGAAGCCAUUUAGACAUAUAGAGGCAUUUUUUUUAUUAUAGCUCUUGUAUUUGAUCUCAUAACGAGGAGGCUUUAUUCCGUGCUUGAUGCCUUUACCUAAGAUCCCAAGUGUUCCUGAUUCAACUUCCGCAAUGCUGCAUCUACAAUUGUUUUCAUCUGUAAACACUUUGCUUUGUGUUGUCAUACGCUUUAGUCAGCCAUGUCAAACCUGUUAAGAGUGACAGUAAUGGAAAUGCGAACCCCCCCCACCCCCCAAACAACAAUUUAGUGACACUUAACUGUACGCUUUUGCUCUAUAAAUAUGCUUUUAAGUUAUUUGGGAAGGUAACCCAGCAGGCACAAGACAUGUUCUUGAAAACUGACUUUGAAAUAACGUUGCAAAAUUGUUGUGUUUGUAAAUUUUGACAACAUUGAGGCAAUAAUAAUAAUAUAUUUUAUUUGUAAAAAAGCACUCCACGUUGAGCAAACAACCUCAAAGUGCCACAGUGUAAAAAAAAUUGUAAUAAUAAUAAUAAUAGAAAGAUAAUAAAAAUAAAUAACAUAUAAAACUAGAAACAGCCCAAUAGCUAGAACCAGCAAGCAUAUCUAUAAAAUGUUUUUUUUUUUUUUAAAGAAGGGUUUUGUAUAAGUAUCCACAGUUUGAGGUGCCCUCAGGUGGUCAGGGAGAGCGUUCCACAAACUGGGAGCAGCGGAGCAAUAAGCCCGGUCCCCUAUACGUCGUAGCUUUGUCCUUGGAGGUUGGAGGAGGUUAGCCUGUUUGGAGUGGAGAUGUCGUGUGGAGGAUUUGGGGGUGAGCAGUUCUUUGAGGUAGACGGGGGCAUUUCCAUGGAGGCACUGGAGAGUUAGUAGGGAGAUUUUGAAUUCAAUCCUGAGUGUCCACGUUGGUCUACGAUGAAUCAACGUAGUCAAAAAGCAAGUUGUUUCAACGUUGUAUGUGCGUUGUAGAAUUUUGGUUGGCAAAUGACCAAAAAUUCAAUGGUCAAACGAACUUCAGAACCAAACAUUGAUUAAACGUAGUCAAAAAGCAUGCUGUUUCAACGUUAUGUUUGAGUUGCUCAACGUCAAUUCAACAAGUUCUCAACGUUGUUUUAAGGUCUUGUGCCUGCUGGGAAUGAUUAGGAUGGUCUAUCCGAGGAGGUUUUCAAUUAUUUUAAAGCCUCAACAAGGUGUGGUGUCGAUUAAACACACCCUUUAUAAAGCAUGCGACUAAUAUUAAUAAUUAUUGAGCAAAUACCUGCUUUCUCAAAGGAAUUCGCUUUUUAAUCAGAUGUAUUUUCAGAGUUUUCUGGCAUCUACAAAUAUUAUAGGAACAUUGUAUACAUUGUUAGAAGUCAUAUCUUAACUUUUUUCAUUGAUUUCAAGUAACAUUUGUAUUUAUUUCUUUACAAUUUUGCAAUGUGACAUACAGACAUGUUUUAAUAAGCAGGCUUUUUCUUUUCAUGUGCAUUAUAACUUUUGAUUUGAAAUAAAUACUAUGUUUCAUAUCUUGUAAUGACACCUUGAAAAAGGAAUAAACUGCAACGUGUACAACCAUCCACUAGGCAUUGGUAUCAAAUAACUGUAGUUAUACAACAAUAUGAACAAGCAAGACUUUAUUUUUGUUACACUAAUUAAAUAUCUACUUUGUACAUUAAAGUGAUGUGCAGGACUGUGACGGCAGUAACCCGACAAUAGCGA